GUGAAUUGCGACAUUCGUGUUCCACUCCAGAUCAUAAGGAGCAGUAGAAAGUUACACAGGAUAGAAUUAAUCCAUGAAAGAGGCAUUCAUGUUGUGGUCACCUGCAAUAUAUGCUUUUCUCCUUCUUGCACUGACAGGGGCAAGUCAAGGAGAGAAAACAGUAUUCACAUAUCCACUUGAAGCAGGAUUUUAUCGCCACUCAUUAGUAACAAUAACCGGGAAACUGGAUGAAGAUGCCAAAAACUUCAGGGUUGAUUUUAAAGUAGAUGACUCCAACAUCUUUUUACAUUUCAACCCGCGAUUUUAUGCAAAAAAGAAAAUAGUUCUUAACACUAAACAAAAUGGUGGAUGGCAGAAAGAGGAAUAUCAUGAAAACCCCUUUAAACCUGGAAGCAAAUUUAAGCUUGAAUUUCAGUGUGAAGAAGACUUUUUCAAAGUAUUUUUGAAUGGGAAAUACCUGCUAGACUUCAAAGCUCGCUUUCAUCCACUCAGCACUAUAAAAGCUAUCGUCGUCUAUGGGGAUGUAACAGUAAACAAAUUCAGUAUUAAAGAAAUGUAACUUUGGCUUUUUUGUGAAUGAUCAUAACAGCUGGUCACAUAAACUUUCUUAAACAUU